AUUUUACAAAUAAUUGGUCUUGGCUUGUUUUGUAAAGGAUUCUUCCCUUACAAAAUUCAGAUUGCUGGUCAUGCCACUUACGAAUCUACUCCAAGUUGGCCAGAUGACAACAGCCAAUCGCGUCCUUUAGUAAUUGAACCAGAAUUUGACCGUCUUGUAUUUGUGGUCAUUGAUGCCCUUAGAAAGUAUGGAUUUUUUUUCGUCUUCUUUCUCUUUAAUAUAUCUGUAUAUAUAUAUAUGUGUGUUCUCAUAGAAUCAAAAACUGCUAUACCAUUCACUGCACGAGCUACAGCACCAACUGUCACUUUACCUAGAAUAAAAGCACUUACUACAGGGACUAUACCUAGUUUUCUGGAUGCGAUUUUGAAUAUCGCAGAAUCUGACACGAGUUCAUCACUUGAGCACCAGGACAACUGGGUGUAUCAAUUGAAACACCAUUGCAACAAUACGAUCCAUUUUUUUGGAGAUGAUACUUGGAUCCGUUUGUUUCCUGGGUUGUUUACAAAGCAGGAUGGAACGACUUCUUUUUAUGUAUCUGACACAGUACAAGUUGAUUUGAACGUUACUCGUCACAUACAAACAGAUAUGACAGUCCCUGACUGGAACACUAUGAUUUUGCAUUAUCUUGGAUUAGAUCAUGUUGGACAUCUUGGAGGACCUAAAAGUCCUUUGAUGAAACCAAAACAAGAGGAAAUGGAUCGUGCAUUAGAACAAAUUUAUCAACUUGUAGCCGAGCAGGACUCAGAACGAAUUGUAAAAGACGCUAAUGCGAAGGGAACCUUGAUUGUAGUGUGUGGAGAUCAUGGUAUGAAUGAGGUUGGAAAUCAUGGCGGAUCAUCCCUUGAAGAAACGUCAGCUGCGCUCGUGUUUAUGAGCCCACGAUUUGAGUCAAGACCUGUAUUGAAGAAGCAUUCGACAAGAGAGUUACCUGAACGACCUAGUGCAUUUGGAUUUCCGAUUAUUGACCAGAUCGACCUGGUCCCUACAUUAGCGUCCGUAUUAGGAUUUCCUAUUCCAAAAAACAAUCUUGGAAAAGUAAUUGUUGAUCUUUACAGAGGAGACAAGGACUCAUCAAUUCUAAGAGCUCUGCAGCUCAAUGCUUACCAACUUGGGCAGCUGUUAUCAAAGUCAAUCCCUGAACCUUCAAAGAACACUGAAGAAUAUUCAGUUGUAUUUGGUGACAAUAGUCGAAACGAACAGGGGUAUGCUAGAGCAGUUGCGCUCCACAAACAAGCUCUCGAUGACAUCAAAAACGAACAGGCUACAGAAACAGCCCUCAAUGCAUAUCUUGAGUUUAUUGAAUAUGCCCAAUCGUAUCUUGUGGAUACAUCUAGUGAUUAUGGGCUUGGGUAUAUGCUGACAGGGCUUGGUUUGAUCUGCAUAUCUACCAUACUACUGGUUAGGUUGAGUUUGACACCUGAAAGUGAAAAUUCGUGUCAAGAGCAUAAGAGCUGGUUGCACACAAAGCUAUUUGUUAUGGUUUCCAUAGUUGGUUACAUCGCAAGUAUGUUUGCGAGUAGUUUUGUUGAAGAAGAACAUCUCAUCUGGUACUACUGCUUGCAAACUAUUUUUGUCAUAUUGGCUCUCCAAAGGAGCAACUCUUGGCUGCCUUACUUUCUCUGUCACAACUACCAUUAUUGCGCCUUGCUGCCGCAUGAUCGUGUGGGAUCAUUUCUUCAUAUCUUAUUAUAUACUAGCACGCCAAUUCUGCUCCUUAUCUCUCGAUCCCAAAAUGCGUUUUUGUUUUCAGUCUAUGCUGUCCAGUUUUACCUACUGGAGCAAUGGCAGCGCUCCUCUAUGCCUGUGCCUGUACCUCCUUGGCUGCUUGGUGCAAUCGUUACCUUAUUUAGUCAGGCAGCGUUCUUUUGUACCGGCCAUUCGAACUCUAUUGCGUCCGUAGACCUCAGUAGCUCGUACAUAGGUGUAGAUGGCUACGACCCUCUAGUCAUCGGCCUCUUGACCUUUUGCUCCAACUGGGCCGGUAGUCUUUGGUGGAAAAAGAGGGAUGCGGAUGUGGAUGCGGAUGCGGAACUUCGGUGGUGGAAUUACAGCGUGACACUCUCGGCUGUGUCUGGAUCGUUCCUUGUUGCACUUUCUCUGUCUGUCACAUUGCUUCGCGAACACCUUUUUAUCUGGACUGUGUUCUCGCCCAAAUAUCUGUACCAAGUAGCGUGGACGUGUUUGUUCCACUGGUUUGUGCACAUGUUUGUGGGAAGUAUUGUAGUAAGA